CACUUGGCUGGGGAUCCUCCGUCCGCCGGGCGAAAGCGAAGCUGCUGGCUCGGCCUUGCUAGAUUUCCCCCGAAAUUAAAAGCGGAAGGAGGACUGAGAGACGAGAGAGCCGUGGAAGAAAGAAGCGGCGGCGGCAGGAGCCGAGGGACUGCAAAGAAACGGCGGCGGCGGCAAGAGAGCCCCAAAGUGCCUCCUCAACUCGGCGCUGGCCUCCGCGCUCCUCCUUCUCGGCGUCCCCGGAGCUUCCCGAAGCGCCUCUGCUGAAUGGCUGACGACGCGGCGCUGCCUUGGACCUGGCCCCCGGACACCCGCGCGCCCUGAGCGGCAGCUUCUCCUCGGCCGCUUCCUCGCCGGCCUCCCUCCGUUCCCAGGCUCGCGGCGGGGACCAGCGCGAUCCAGCGCGGCGACACCCCCGGUCGGGCCCCGGCACCGAACGGUGGCGGAGGAGGCAGUGGCGGCGGCGCGGAGGCGGCCGCAGCAUCGGCAGUCUUCCUAACAGCAGCGGCGGCGGCGACAGAGACAGAGGCGGAGGCGGCGGAGGAGGAGGCGGCGCGCGGCAGAGGCAGCCUCCUGGCGGUCUUCUUCUUCCUCUCGGCUUCCUGCCUCUCUCCGCCCGCGGUUCGAGCUGCUAACCCGCUCGGACGGUACGGGCUGUGGCCGGCCCGGACUGGGUCGGACGAGCCCAUCGCCUCCUCUUCCUCCUUCCCUCCUUCUUCCUCCCUGUCCUCCUCCUCCUCCCCCCGCUCCCUCUCCUCCCCAGGGUGACCCUCCUGAAUGCCUUUCCCCACCGCCCGCUUCCUCGCCCCGCUUGGUUUUGCAACUUGAGAAAGGACGCGUUUCUGGAGGGAAGGAAAGAGGAGGAGGAGAGGAGGAAAGGCUCUGGCCGGGCGGCAGAGAAACGCUCCCCGGAGCAUUGGGGGGGAAAAGAACGCCGAGAAAGCCUUGAAAGCUCGCUGGAAUCCCACGCCCUCUCCCAGGGAAUCACCCCGAAUUCGAGACGGGGAGAGGGAAAACGCGGGAGCGGGGAAGGCGAGGCGGAGAGGAGGAGGAAGGCAGGAAGGAGGACAGGCGGGGGGCAGGGCAGGAGGGGAGAGCAGCGGAAAGCAACCAGCCGAGAGAGCAGGCAGCGGCGGCCGUAGCAGCAGCAGCAGCAGCAGCCAAGCAGGAGGAGUCCUGAGCCUUCGCUUCUGCUCCCCCACCCACCCCACCCCGGCCCGAGAAGCCUCCUUCUCCCCCACCACCCCCCUCCCCCACCCAGCCCGAACCCCCCCUCCUCUCCCGGCCUUUUCCCGGCGGAGCCCCCCCCCCGGUUUUUUUUUCCUCCGCGGGCCCUGAGAUAUGGCAAUGGUAGUUAGCAGCUGGCGAGAUGCGCAAGAGGACGUGGCCGGGGGCGGCCCCACCGGAGCAGCUCAGCCGGGCCGGGAUCCGCAGCAAGGGGCCUCGGCGGCCCCCCACACGCCGCAAACGCCGAGCCAGCCGGGCCCCUCCACGCCGGGCGACAAGGGCCAGCAGCAGCAGAGCUCCGGCCAGAGCCCAGCAGCAACAGCAGCACAUCGAGUGGUCUGCGGCGAGUCCAGCGGGAAGCACUACGGGCAGUUCACCUGCGAGGGCUGCAAAAGUUUCUUCAAGCGGAGCGUCCGCAGGAACUUAACGUACACUUGCCGGGCCAAUCGGAACUGUCCCAUCGACCAGCACCACCGCAACCAGUGCCAAUACUGCCGCCUGAAGAAGUGCCUCAAAGUGGGCAUGAGGAGGGAAGCGGUUCAGCGAGGAAGGAUGCCUCCGAGCCAGCCGAACCCGGGCCAGUACGCGCUGACCAACGGCGAUCCGCUGAACGGCCACUGCUACCUGUCGGGCUACAUCUCGCUGCUGCUGCGAGCCGAGCCUUACCCGACGUCGCGCUAUGGCAGCCAGUGCAUGCAGCCCAACAACAUCAUGGGCGAGAACAUCUGCGAGCUGGCGGCGCGGCUGCUCUUCAGCGCCGUCGAGUGGGCCCGCAACAUCCCCUUCUUCCCAGACCUGCAGAUCACCGACCAGGUGGCCCUGUUGCGCCUCACCUGGAGCGAGCUCUUCGUCCUCAAUGCCGCCCAGUGCUCCAUGCCGCUGCACGUGGCCCCGCUCCUGGCCGCUGCCGGACUCCACGCCUCGCCCAUGUCCGCCGACCGUGUGGUGGCCUUCAUGGACCACAUCCGCAUCUUCCAGGAGCAGGUGGAGAAGCUCAAGGCCCUGCACGUCGAUUCCGCCGAAUACAGCUGCCUCAAAGCCAUCGUCCUCUUCACCUCAGAUGCCUGUGGCCUGUCGGACGCGGCGCACAUUGAGAGCCUGCAGGAGAAAUCGCAGUGCGCCCUGGAGGAAUACGUGCGCAGCCAAUACCCCAACCAGCCCAGCCGCUUCGGCAAGCUGCUCCUCCGGCUGCCUUCCCUGCGCACCGUCUCCUCGUCGGUCAUCGAGCAGCUCUUCUUCGUCCGCUUGGUAGGUAAAACCCCCAUCGAGACGCUCAUCCGAGACAUGCUGCUCUCCGGCAGCAGCUUCAACUGGCCUUACAUGUCGAUCCAGUGUUCCUAGAGCAGUCCCUGGCCUCCCCCCCCCCACCAGCCCCGCUUAGCGACCCGCCACGGGCCUUGCGGCUGAGCGGCCAGAAAAAGGGGGGGUCCCGAGGAGAGAGAGAGAGAGCAAAGAAAGGGACCCAAAACGCCCCACUUCCCCACGGCCGGGAGCCCGGAGACCUCGUCUUGAAGGAAAGACUGGCGGAGGCUGGCAACUCCAGCGCGGCGGCGGUGGCCAAAAAAGGGGGCAGCUCGCCUGUGUUGGAACCAACGGCGACCCCGAGGUGGGAGACUUUUUAAAACGAAGGAACAAAAAAAAAAAGCAAAGACCGAAGGGAUUUUUCUCAUUGUACUGCCCGCCCGCCCACCCCCCAGAAAGAGAGGAAAGAGGAGGAGGAAGAGGAUGAGAUGGAUUUUCCUGGAUUGAUCACGGACCGAAAUGGGGAUCAAGUGUACAGCAAACCCAGUUUUCAGAAAGGAAACUGAAGCCGAACCGAACGAGGAGGGGAGGG